UCGGCAAUCUCCUCCAUGGCAGCGACCUUAUGAUUGCAACUCCUCCACACUCAAAUCGCCGGCAAAAUCCAGACAAUGAAGUGCACCACCUUCACGCUACUCACCGCACUUGCAAUCCUACUUCAGAUCACCGGUCUCUCGCUAUUUAUCUUAGGGUUUUUCCCCAUCAAACCAGCACUCUCCGGUGUCAGUGGACCAGAGAGUUUCAGGCCUCCGUCAUGUGCUUCAACAGAGGAUCAGAAUCACACAGCUUUGCAUCCUCAUAAACUCAAAUCAUUCUACCAGAAACUGUCUGAGAUCCCGCCUUCUUAUGACCGGCUGAUACUAUUGGUUAUUGAUGGUCUUCCAGCAGAGUUUGUUCUUGGUAGAGAUGGUCAACCUCCGUCAAAGACUUUAAAGGAUGCAAUGCCGUAUACGCAAUCUUUAUUGGCUGGUAAAAUGGCAUUGGGUUACCAUGCAAAGGCUGCACCUCCAACCGUUACACUGCCACGCUUGAAGGCCAUGACUAGUGGGUCAAUCGGUGGAUUCUUGGAUGUUCUGUUUAAUUUCAAUACCCAAGCGUUUUUGGAAGAUAAUAUAUUAGGUCAGUUUUUUAGAAUAGGUUGGAAAAUGGUUAUGCUUGGUGACGAAACAUGGCUUAAGUUGUUUCCGGGAUUAUUUACAAGGCAUGACGGAGUUAGUAGUUUUUUUGUUAAAGAUACUGUGCAAGUGGACUACAAUGUUUCUCGGCAUCUAAGUUACGAACUUUACAAGGAUGACUGGAAUCUACUGAUUCUACAUUAUCUUGGUUUGGAUCAUGUUGGACAUCUUGGUGGCCGCAGUAGUGUCAUGAUGGGACCCAAACUUCGAGAAAUGGAUGAAAUUAUAAAAAUGAUUCACUUGAGUACCAUCCAGUCUCAAGAAAGUGAUCACAGACAAACACUCUUGGUGGUAGUUAGUGAUCAUGGCAUGCAAGAAAAUGGUAAUCAUGGGGGAUCUUCAUAUGAAGAAACCGAUUCAUUGGCACUUUUUAUUGGCCCGGGAAUCAGUCAUGUAUCACCCACAUAUGAUACCAUUAAUCAGGUUGACAUAACUCCAACAUUGGCUCUCCUAUUUGGUAUACCUAUUCCAAAAAAUAAUGCAGGACAUCUAAUUGCUGACCUAUUUCAUCCACUAGAAGAUCACCAGCUACUAAGGGCAAUGGAGCUUAAUUCAUGGCAGUUACUACGAUUACUUCAAGCGCAAGCAACUGAUUCUACUUGCGGAAGUUUGGAAGACGCAUCUUCUAGCUUAUAUCUUGAUGCUGCUGCGCUCCAUGGAUCGUGGAAGUCCAAGAAUGUCUUAAGGUCUGCUAGCGGUAAUGACUUAAAAAGCAUUGUCUUGGCGUACACCGAGUUUUUAACGACGGCAAGUGAUCGGUUGUCACACACAGCAACAGAUAAACCCAUUGGCCUACUCGUCUCGGGGAUUAUGACGAUGCUUCUUUCAUGUGUCAUGUUCAUGGGCCUCCUAUACAAAGUGGGCCAAGAAGUAUACCCAAAUAAACAAGUCCACAAGUUCCAGCUAUCCGAGGCUUUAAUAGGGGGCAUUAUCGUAAUUAUUGUUUUAAGCAUGGGAUCAAGCUCUCUAGUUGAAGAAGAACAAUACCUAUGGCAUUUUAUGACCUCAACCUUCUUUCUCGUAUUACUCCACCAAACAAUAAAGUCAAACACCAGAAACCGAACCAGUCAACUAUUUUCAAUUGCUGUAAUUCUCAUGUCCGGAAGAAUUUUAAAAGGAUGGCAUCAAGGUGGUGUUAACUGGACCCACCUUCCCGACAUCUCUAAAUCACUUGAAAUUCUCGGGAGUCCUUAUGUUAAACUCUUACAAAUUAUCUCCAUCCUGCUUGUAAUCACCUUAUGUUUGUAUACUCUUUCCUCUUUACGGUCAAGGGGUAGUUUCGUCAUUUUGAUUGGACUAAGCUACUUAUGUACCGGUUUACUGGUUCUACAUUACGUCAUAAAGUAUCAGGGUAGUGAAACUGAAACUGGAACCUCUGGUAAUGACGCGAUCGUGGCCGUACGACUAAUUUAUGGUUUGAUCAUCGCAUCUGUAACGGUAACGGUUAUUGCAUCACCAUGGUUUAUGUCUUUUAAAAGCAAGGAUCUGGUUUCGGUGAUUAAAGAUAGUUUGUACCUUAGUGGGACCGCAUACAUGUUUGGUUGGUGUCUUCUACAACUUUUGCUACAACAACCCGUUAAUUCGAUGGUUAUUUCACUGCUUCUUGUGCAAAUCGUUGCUACUAUUUAUUAUGUUUCUCGUGGUGGUUCUGAUGUUAAGCAGUGGGUUGAGAUUGCGGCUAUAUAUUAUUUAGGAAUGGCGGGCCAUUUCAGUCUUGGAAACACGAAUACGCUAGCAACGAUUGAUGUUGCGGGAGCGUUCAUUGGAAUCUCUAGUCAUUCAACGGUGUUGAGUGGAGUGAUAAUGUUCGUGAUAACGUAUGCAUCUCCUAUGUUAGCUCUCCUUAGUAUGGUGAUGUCGGUUUCUGUUAAAGAAACUAAUAGUAUUCUAAAGAAUCGUGAAGUAAAUACGGGUCAACUUGUGAAGAUGUUUCUUGGGUUCCCGUGUUUGGUUCCACUGGGUUUGAAUUCUGUACUUUUGGUUGCGUACACCAUCAUACUGUUGGUGAUGAGGAACCAUUUAUUUAUAUGGACCGUUUUUUCUCCAAAGUACAUCUACGUUGUGGUGACGACUGUUUGUGUUCUUGUUGGCGUGCUUAUUGUUGCGUCAACGGUGGCUUAUGUUAUUUCAACAGCAUUUUUUCUGAGAAAGAAAAAACCAGCAUCAUAAGUGUACGGAGGAAGAUAAUCAGAUAUAGAGGGCCCAACUCUCAGGAGACACGUGUUGACCGUUUGCAACAUGAGGGACCCACGGAUUCGUAACCUCAACACUGCGUGACCAUUGCCUCAUGGAGCACCCUCGUUACCUCUCAUCUUCCAUGGACUUGUUGGCCCUCACUCUCCUCUACAUCCGCGCCUGUGAGGGUCGCCAGAUAUGUUGCAGAUGCUCUUGUGAUUUUUUAACUCAAUCUUCGUGAUUAUUCACUCCAAUCAUACUUCCUUAUUAAUGUAGCCCAUGAUCUUCAUUAUCUUAAAUUUAGAGGUUCAUCAUAAAUUGGCAUUUGGAUAGAUGUUGUCUAACUUUAGGUUUAUUAAAUCAUGAUUGGAUGGA